UGUGUACGUGUGUGUGUACCUGUGUGUAUGUGUGCGUGCGAGAGUGUAUGUGUGUGUUUGUGAUCACGCACGCGUACGCGUUCACAGCAAUGAAACCAGAGUAGGUUACAAGCAGCUAGCAGUGUGUCUAUUAAGUGAGAGACGACGUCGAAGCUGGCUACCCGUUGGUCUGAAUAAAAGUUGAAUGAACGGGUGGAUGUAGAUCGGGUAUUGGCAGACGAAAGCAGAGAGGGCUAACUUAAACAAAUAUUUGGGGGUUUUACGUUUACAUUGUUUAAAAAAAUAUUCGGAAUACCUGUUUUAAUAUUGAUGCAUUUUUAAUAUUCUCAGCACUUAGCAACAACUGUAUAGGAUAUAUAUCACACAAUUUUCGUCUUCGAAAAGAUCAACAAAAUAUCAGAUAAGCAUAAAUUGCAGCUGUUUGAACUAUUAUAACACUGGGUGACUCUGUCUAAACUAAACCAUAUUUUGAAAUGGAAAAUGAGAAGAUCAUCAUCGUUCUGAUAGUCUGUGUCUGCUUGAUUCUCAUCAUAGUUAUCGUUUCUGCAGUAAUUUUCUACUUUUGCUGCGGACCUAGAAGCAAGCGCAAGAGAAGAAACCAGAACUUCAACAACCUUCCAGCUGUGGCAACUGAUUCCAGCAACAGCCAGUCACUCAGGAGUCACAGAGAAGAACAGUCACCAAAACCUAUGCCAAAGGUUGGUUCUUCUCGUCUAUGGAUGACAAAACCAUACAUGCAAGCAUCAGGACCGAAUGAUGCUUACUAUGAACUUAAGAAUGGUGUAAGAAAAAACCCUGUUCUCAUGAGAGACAUUUUAUCAAUGCCCAAUGUCACUAAUGUGCAAGGUCGGUAUGUUUAUGAAGGCAAUCUUCGUAUGUAUCACAGCCAACAAAUUCCAGAUAUCAUGGGCAAUUACCGUGAACCCAGAGCUUAUUACAAUGAUGGUUUUAUUCUUUCUCAUGCAGGUUUACCCUAUCGAAAUAGUGCAAGGUUACUGAAAACAAAUGAUGCUUACCCAACAGAAUAUGUGUCUGAUAACGAACCAAAUCAACCUGUAUUGAGAAACUUUUCACACAGAUUACCAGACGACAAAGUGCAAAGGCCUACAAGAAGCUAUCCAUAUGAAAAUGCUGCUCUUUCUGGAUACAAUAAUGAACUUACUAGGUCCCUUCAAAAAUCAAACAUAUCUAAGUCAUUCUCAGUAAAAUCUGGUUCUUCAAAAUCUUCUCUUAAAAAUAAAGGCAGUAGUCGAACAGGAUCUCUAUUGUCACGGAAAUCUCUGAAUAACAGUCCGCGGUUAGCCAAAUCAACCACGAGCACAGUAAUUAGUGAACACAACAGCUCUGAACUAUUGUUUCCACCUUCUCAUUCUGGCCUGGACAACAGUAAUAAUGAUCUCAGCAUACAUGCCAAGGUCAAUCCAUUACUAGAUCUUGAGUUUGAUGCUGAAUGUUCUGUUUCAAAUCCUGAUCAAACAGAUAAUGUUGAUAUUCAUGCCCAGGAAAAAUCAGUAGAUGAACAGAGUUGUAUUGAAAGCAUAAGUGAUGUGACAGAAUCAGAAACAAAAGGUCAAAAAGUAACCACACAAGCAUUUGAGUUUCUUGACAGUUACUUAUCUGAUGAUGAUGCAGAGAAACAGAAAGAUACUAUAAGUCAGAAAGUAACCACACAAGCUUUUGAGUUUCUAGAUAAUUAUUUAUCUGAUGACGAAGUAGAAAAACAGAAGGAUAAUACAUAUGAAUCAUCAAGAUAAUAGUACCAGCUACUGAGACAAUUCACUUUCAUCUUGAUUUGGUAUCAAGCCAAAGUCCAGGAAUUGGCUAAGUUACCCAUAGCCACUCGAACCUGUAUUAUUGCAGUUCAGUGCAGAAUGUGAUCAUUGAAUUAUUUUAAAUUUUUCUGUCUGCUUCAUAUGACAUUGGAUGCAGUGUAAAGAUUAUAAUUUCACAACCCGGUUUGAUGGUGACUUGUCUGAACAAUACAUUGGUUGAUUAUAAUAUUGGCCUUACAUACACGACAGGAAGAUAUCAUUACACAUCACAUACUGAAAUAACAUUUGAAGCGUGAAACAUUUUGAACAUUUUUACAUUGCAAACAUGUCAGUAUACUGUAUAUAUACAUUUAUAUAUAUGAUUUAAUAAUAAAAAUUUGUCAUCUAUGUAUAUAGAUGUGUGUUUGUGUGUGUGUGUGUGUGAGAGAGAGAGAGAAAGCAAGAUAUUAAAUAAUCUUACAUUCCAAUGUGUCACUACACUGUAUAUAAAGAAUGACUUAUCAAACAGAAAUUCUUUAUAUAUGUGUGUGUGUAUGAAUAUAUGUAUGUAUAUAUGUUUAUAAAUGUAUACAUACACACACCAACACAUAUAUAAAAACUCAUGUGCAUGUGUUUUCUUUUUACGUCUGUGUUAUUGCUUUAAUUGCAAUCUUUGAACUUGUGUUGCUGUACUUGGAAACUUUUGUUUACAAUGUUUGUCUCCAUAAUCAAACUAAACAAAUCAAUAUAUAUAACUCUUAAUAUUUCUCUCUCUGGAGAAUAUUCUUGGUAAAUACUUCUUUUUUACUUUGAACAAUUCCAACUCUUCAGCUCUUUGGAAGCUUAAUAUUUUUUUUCCAAUGUGUUUGAGACAUAAGCAAAAAUAUACAUAUUUAUAUUAAUAUUUACUAAAUAUAUCUAUAAUAUUCCAUUGGGUUGUUGAAACAACUGCAACAGUGCAUGAUAAUACAUUAACUAUAUAUUUGAAAAUAUAGAACUAGCUUUAUAGGAAUAACCGACAAGGUUUACAAUAAAUAGCUGAUAAUUUAGUAAACUGCUGCAGAAAAUCAGUCAUUAAUUCCUCAAAGUAUCAAAAUCUCAUAAGUCUUUUUCCCCUUCAGUAAAAUCCUGGAACUGCUGUAAAAGAAAACAGAGAUGACAUUUUGCAUAUUGUUAAUGCCAUCUUCCGAUCAUUUUUUUCUUGUCUUAUUUAGUGGAUUAAAAAAAUAUGUAACCCUUUUGAUACCAACCUGCCAAAAACUGCCCUUAUUUCUUAUGGUACAAACUUCCUGUUUUGAAACGAUCUAAAUUUAAACCUUACAUCAAAAUUUCAUGUUCAUUUAUAUUCCAGACACCAGCUUAAUUAUGAAAAAGUUAGUUUACUAAAUUCUUCCAUUGCUUUCAAAAUCAAUUGAAAUAAAGGUAGAGUAUUUGAACAGAAAUAUUGGAACAAAGGGUUAAAAUAUUAAGCUCUUUCCCAUAUUAUUUUGUAUCCUGCCAUUUAUUGUUAGAGAAAUCAAAUGAAGACUUCAGGGCUUCCAUAUUAUCCAUCAUAUUGCUGAUAUAAACCACAUCAAAAGUGAUCUGGUGAAGUAUAUUGACAAAUGAAACUGUUAUCCUUUACCAGAAUGAUGAGUAAUAAUGCAUAUAACAACUCAUUUCUGUAUCUUGUAUUUGAAUGACUGUCAAAUAAAUCAGUAUUUUGUGUGAAAACCUGCUCACUAUCAAAUCAUUUAGUGCUGUUGGAAGGAAUUAUGAUUACUAUUAUUGACUUCCAAAUAUAGGGAGUAGUUAAAUCACUUGCUCUCUUUAAACUUUAAACUAACUGUUGCCAUGUAAAACUGUUGAAAAAUGUAAUUUACUUCAGUUCAACCUUAAUGAGGGCGUUAAAAUUGCUCAAACAUUUUUGUAACUCAAGAUUUUCAUAAAAUGUCUGUAUGACCAAAACAAAAAGAAUUAAAAAAAUUUA